UAAAGUUUUGUUUUCUACUAGAGAGAACCUUUUUGGUCCCAGAGUUUCAAGAGAAAGUAAAGAGUGCUUUAGCUUUCGAGGCGUUUUAGUGCUUUAGUUUUCAAACUCACAGCAUUGAAACGUUCUUAAGACGCAUCGCAUAUCAUGUACAAUGUAGCACGUCGAAUAAAGUAUUUAUGCUUCAAAAGUAUUUAGCACGCUCUCAGAUACGAACUCUUUUUGUACAUAGAAGCAACAGUAGCAGCUGUUAAAACAGAAUUCUUACAUCUUUAAAAUAUACCAUGGCUUCAACUGGUUACGACAGGGGAGGAAGGGGUGGUGGUGGUGGGGUAAAUAACAACAACAAUCUGCAGCCUGUGAAUGAGGACGAUGUCUCGGAGGAUGAUGAUAUGGAGAAUGAGCCCCCGACUUACCAGCCUGCAGCUGCAAACAAUAACACUUAUCAGCAGCAGCAGAAUAUGAGCCGAAAUAAUACUAACAACCGAAGUAAUAGUUCCAUUCCUGGCAGAAUAAACAACCAAUUCGAGCCAUCUUCAUCUGCUGCCCAACGGUCAAAUCAACACGCUCCCUCGGGGUCACAGCCAAAUAGGAAUCUGAGCAGCGGAGGCACCAGCGAGGCAUCGAUCGACUCUACCCUGAAGGGAAAUAUGUUACGUAAUAACCGAGAACGAGACGACAACGGGAUAUAUCGUGGUAGACCACAAAACCAGAUGCAUUACCCUUACUCGUAUGAUUUCGUCAGAACCCAACCUACUCAGAAAUUAAGCCGCAACUUUAUAGAAGAUCACGCAGUUGAGCUCACCCAUAUUCCGUUUUACUGGCAGGUGAACCAAAACGCGUCUCCCUAUUUUGGACUGAAGUUGAAGAUGUGCCAACUACAGAGGAUUAUCUACGACUUCGAGUUCGGAUCUCCGACAGGUCAAACAAGGAUCCCGAACCUUCCUUCGCUCGUGGAGAGACCCGACAAAUGUCUUAAAGUCGACUUCUCGCUGAAUGAUUUAUUGGAGCUGUCAUACGAUGCAUUGCAGCCGUUUCCGAAUGUGCGGCACUUGGACGCGUCUUUGAACCGAAUUGAGAACUACCAAGGUAUCGAGUUGUGCCAAGACUUGGUGUAUGUUAAUCUGUCGCACAAUUUCAUAAGGAAUAUAGCUCAUAUUGCACAGUUGAGAAGUCUUUCCGAACUGAAUUUGUCUAUGAAUGAUAUUAGAGAAAUAUCGAUGAUGCCUGCGUUGUCGAAUUUGACAAUUCUUCACCUGAACAACAACAGACUGACUUCUCUUGAUGGCAUCCAGAGUCUUCCGAGGCUGAAUGAGUUGCACGUUCAGAAGAAUAAACUGAGUGAGAUCCAGCCUCUGGCUACUAGUUUCACUCUGAGGGUUCUCAAUGCGAGUGAUAACAGUAUUUUCAGUCUGCAUGAUACACUUGUGGUGUUACAGGCUCUGACGAACGUACAGUAUCUUUACCUGCACGACAAUCCAAUCCAGACAGAACGAGGAUACGCCAACGCAGUCAAACAACUGACAACUGCCCAAGUACUCGACAACGUCCCUCUCAGACCGGAGUCGCUCUCCUAUGACCCUAAUCAGGGAAUGUUACCUGUCCUAAACAACAAACAAUAUGACAGUCUUGGGGGAAUAAGACACGCCACUGAACAUGUGUUCCAGCAACAAAUUGAGAACCACAAAAGGAAAACAAUGAAUUACAUAAAUCAACUUCAAAGACGUAUUAGAGAGCUGCAAGAGGAUUAUGUUGGUUAUGAGAACAGAUUGAAACGAGAUUUAGGAGAUGUUUUGAAGCAUUAUGACGCAUUCCAAUACGAAGUUGCAGAGAACCCGAGACAAGAUGCAAUUUUGACGCCGGGGGAGAAGCCCUGGGCAGGGAUGUCCCUAAAUAAUCGCCGGAAAAUGGACAGAAGACGCAAUGGAGACACUAUGGACAAAAAUUUGUUCACGCGGAGACACCAAAUAGAUGACCGGAAGAAGUUGCGAGACCCGAGUGAGAUUUUGCAUCUGGCAGCGAAAGAUUUGCAGCUGGAAUCUGGACGGACAAAUAGAAGCAACAGAUUCCUACCUCGUGAUGACUCACCGCCCCGAGGAGGAGGAGGAGCAAAAAGAGGACCCCCGAACGCUACCAGAGAACAGUUCAUGGAUUUCUGAUAUAAAUUUAUUGAUGACAUUUCAAUUCAAGUUUGAGUCAAUUGACAUUAACUGAAUUGAUAGAUUAAUUUUUCGUUUUUGUCAUUCUAAGUAUGGAUUUCAUGGAAAAAGUGGUUUCCGCUACAUUUUUUUAAUACAAAUGUUGACCUAUUUUUGUUGUUUCGUGGAUUUUAUGCUUUCAAAUGGGAAGAUAAAAUGACAAAAUCUCAGUAAAAACGAUUUGCAAAAUAGAAAAACGUUCUAUUCAGGUCGAUUUUUUGUUCGAUUAUUUACUGCGCCAGUUAUAUUGACUUAAUUGCGUCGUUUUGCAUGUUCUUCAUCAGUAAAGUUUUAACACGUGUG